AUGCCUUCACCGCUUCCAUCCACCUUCGCCUCCGCCGCGGCUGGCAACACAGACUCGUCGAGAAGAGACGCCUUGAAUAGCGGAGAAUGGUCUCGAACCCGCGUGAACGGAGCAACACAAACCUUCCGUCGACCGUCGCUUGCUACCAACACAUCUCAUAGCCGGGAGGGGACGCAAGCCACCUUGAAUGCAUCCAUCACUCCGACCUCCCAGGCCUACAUUCCUCCCCACCUCAAUUCGAAUUACCAGUCUGGUUCGUUCCGUGGUGGGAGCGCACAGGACGGUCGCUACUCAAAAGACCAGCUUCUUAGCCUCUACAAAAGCCAGAAAGAGUCCAAGGACUGGGGCAAACACGUAACGGAUUACUUCAUGGCAGACUGGAAUCCCCUGGAAGAAAGCCCUGCCGCCAACGGUGGUUGGGGUAAAAGGGAUGAUUUCAAAGAUAGCCAUGGAGGACCCGAGGUUUGCUGGGACCAUGAUGGAAAGAUAGAGCCUCUUACCUUGAUGGUCAUGACCCAGGAGGAAAAAGAGCUAUUUUCCACUUCGGUCAACUCUCCACUCAAGCCGCCGCCACAGAACGUUUCAAAGGACGGCAAUGCGCCUAGCGGGUCAAUGGGCCGCAAAUCUUCAUUUUCUCACUCGCAAGGCCAUAUGAACUCGUUUAAUGCUUCCUCUCCGGGCACUGGCAGACCCGGUCCUCGACGCCGCGGCACCGCAGAUUCCCUGGCAAACACGAUGUCCCCAACCGGAAAUUCACGUUUCUUUCGCGAUGAGCCCAACACAUCGACCCCGCCUCCGUCUCUUCUGCGCCGGAAGACAGACUUUCGAGAAUCCACUUCGAAACUAGAGGAGAAAGAAGAAGACGGGGCUUCCCGUGAUACUCCGCUCGACAUCACUUCGCCCUUUGGCUCGUUGAAACGUAGCGCUACCAACCCUCUCGGUGUCAGUACAUCUUCCGCCUGGCCAACUAGCUCACACAGCGGCUCUGCUUUUUCUCCAAUGGGCUCGUUUGGCAACUUCUCGCUUGGAGCUAUCGCGUCGCCGUCAGCGGAAAAGAAAUCAAGCUUUGGGAGUUUACGGGGCGAAAGCCGUUUCAAAAACCUGCUGAGUAAGAGUAGUAUGGAGGACAUUGGCAUCGGCUCCAAAGAAAAACCGUCUAUACUCGAUCGCCUUCCUGAAACCGAGAACGACAAUCCUCCGCUAAACCAUGCAGAUGUCUUGCAGAAUCGGCCUGGGCGCAGUGACACUAAUCCGUUCGAAGAGGCUGGAACCGGAAGCGCUGCUCUAGGUGGACAGGAUUUGAAUCCUCCCAGCACUGGAAUUGACCAAUUCGGCCUAUCGUCGUUCGGUUUACCGUCCAGUGGCUCCGCAUUGCGGGACCUUAUGCCAGGUCAACAACCUCCCACCCACACCCCAAGCCAUCUCCACGGUCAUGAGCCAAUGAGUCCUACUCACACCAAUCCAUAUCAGAGUCCACAUGGGGAGCGGGCCGACGCGGAUGAGAUUGCUACCAAUGGUUCUGAUAUACAACACGCUCCUCUGCCAAACCUAGGUGAAUUGCGAGACCCUCCGUCAGCAUUUGGAUCCUUCGCGAGAGGCGGAACCACUGGUGACAUCGCUUCAGGAGACCGCAGCCAAACCUCAAGCGUGGGUGGUAAUCGAAGCUUCUCGGGCUUGGGUGGCCUUGGUGGUCUUCCUCCACUCGGCACGUCUUCGGGCUGGCCAAUGUCCGCUUAUGCCGACACGCCAACCCGCGAAAAGUCUGCGUUUAUGGGGGCAUUUGGUGAUCCUAUCUUUGGGCCAAUGUCGGAACUACAGUCGCCUAGCCUGUCUUCUCUGGGAGCCGGGGGGUUCUUCGGAUCGCAUACGAACCUGUCGGGCGCUGCAAACACUCGACCUAGUAAACUAGGGUCCCUUUUCCCGCCCGCAAUGCAAGACCAGAUGCGUGACCAAUCGAGGCCCGACCUUCUGAUGAACGAAGGACCCUCGAGACCACAAGACCCCUUUAUGUCAUCCGAUAAACCCAACGUGAACGCCACCGUUUCUUCAUCUCAAACUCCGGUCUCAGCUAUUGGGCAGAGUUCGGUACCCGGAACCCAGCAAUCAACAGAAGGUGCUCCUCAAGCGAAUCAGGCUUCAGGCCAGUCCAGCGGCACCUCGUCUGCCAAUCAACUUCCAGCUGCGCAACAGCGACAGAUGGUCAUGCCCGAUCGCAUGCGCUGGAUUUACCGUGACCACAAGGGAAACACGCAAGGACCAUGGUCUGGUCUUGAAAUGCACGACUGGUUCAAAGCUGGUUUCUUCACUGCGGAACUUCAAGUCAAGAAGCUCGAGGACGCUGAGUAUGAGCCAUUGGGUCAACUUGUUCGGCGCAUUGGCAAUUCUCGAGAACCUUUCCUUGUCCCGCAGAUCGGUGUUCCUCAUGGCCCUCCAUCCGCUCAAGCUCCGUGGUCUGCAACGUCGCAAACUGGCGUUGUUCAGCCUCCAUUUGCCAACAGUUUUCCCAGCUUCGGUACUACUUUGACGGCUGAGCAACAAAAUGCUCUAGAACGCCGAAAACAGGAAGAACAGUACAUGAUGGCUCGCCAAAAGGAACAUUUAGCCCAACAGCAAGCGCUUAUGAAGCAAAUGCAGUUUCCUAACCCUGCUCAUACCAUACAUCCGCAGCUCCAGCACCACUCCAGUGCACACAGUCUUCAGAGCCAGCCGAGUUAUGGCAGUAUAGCGUCCCCAGCAACAUAUCAACCUCCCACUAUGCAGGCUCCAAUUCAGCCCCCACAAGCGUUGCCUGGAUAUUUUGAGCCCCAAAUGCGCCCAAUGCCAAAUGCGCCGUCUCAGGUGCCUAUUCAGGAGCCUAUUGGAACCCAGGACCAGCUACCUACCCUGCUUGACCGCUUGAAUAUCAAUCGUACCACACAGUUUCCAUUUGGUUCUGGCCCAUCUUUCGGCGGAAGGCAACCGGAAGGAGCCACUCAUCCCGAGGCGGUUGCAGCGAUGCUACAGGAUCGCUCGCAAUUGCAGCAAGAACAGGAGCAAUUCAAUAACGCUCAAACUGACUCCAUUUUCGACCAACAGGCCCGUGAGGAGCGUUUGCGCCAAUUUCAUGCAUUGAGAGGCGCAGACGAGGAGUUACCCAUUCGUAAAGCUGAAGGCCUCCCAACCCACCCGCCAGCCGAUAUGGCUAUUGAGGGCCUAGGACAUCAAGAGGAGACGCUUCACCAGAAUCAAACCGGGCUGGAGAAUGAGUCCACACUCUCUCUUACGCAGCAAGUACAGAAUGCUGCGACCGCGCAGAGGUUGCAGCAACAAGCCCAACAGACCCAACCAGCAGUUGUGCAGCAAGAGUCUCCCUGGCAAAAGGUUGACAAUGGGAUGCCUCAGCCUUUCCCCCCACCUCCCUCUCAGUCCCCUCUUCCAGCGCCGGCAGCGCAAAGAAAGCAGAAUAUUGCAGACACCUUGGCUGCAGGAUCUCGAUCGCAAAGCCAAACCCCGGCUGCUGAAGGUCAGACCACAUCAGUCGCUCCUUGGGCAACACAGGCUACUGAGAUGCCAAAGGGCCCCUCACUGAAAGAAAUCCAGGAAGCUGAAGCUCGAAAAGCAGCCAAGCUGGAAGAGGCUGCGGCCGCUGCUCGCCGUGCGAUUGCAGAACAAGAGCGAGCGAAUCAGCCACCACCACCUGUCCCUGGACUUCCUUCAACAGCUAAUUGGGCAAGCGCUGGAUCUCCCGCUACCCCAACCCCGACCACAUCGGUGUGGACGAAGCCAUUGCCCGGUAAGCCCUCGACGCCGGGUGCUACCGCGCCGAAAAAGACAUUGGCACAGAUUCAAAAGGAAGAGGAACUUCGUAAACAACGCCUUGCAGCAGCCAGUGCACAGGCGAAUGCGCUGACUACCGCACCCACUUCCGCGGGUAAGCGUUAUGCCGACCUCGCUAGUAAAGUCGCCCCGGUGAAUCCGCCUGUGGCUGGCGGUGCUUGGACGACUGUUGGCGCUGGCGGGAAAGCCAAAGCACCGGUUGCUCCGCCUGCAACAACACGAGCUGUCGUUAGCACGACUCCUGUUGCUCCUGUUGCGAAACCGAGACCGGCUACAGUCACGCGCUCUACCACUGUUGCCACGACUGCGAAUCCAAACAAGGCAGCGGAAGAGCUAUCAAAAUGGGUGAAGCUGGCGUUGGGUAAGGGAUUGAACAGCGCUAUCAAUGUUGACGAUUUCGUGCAACAACUCCUUCUUCUUCCACCAGAGACGGAAAUCAUCUCGGAUUCUGUGUAUGCCAAUUCUCAGACUCUGGAUGGUCGCCGAUUCGCCGAAGAGCAUUAA